AUGACAUUAACUAUUUUAAUUUUAGGAGGACUGUUGUUUUUGACUCUCAUUGGGAUAAUGUUAAUUAAACACUUCUGUAAUAGAAAAUAAUAAGUGAAAAGUAAAAGUCCAGAAGCUAUUUAAAAUAAUUAGCACAUUGAUCUAGGCGAUUAAGAAGUGAUCCCUGAUUCUCAUUAAUCUCAAAUUCACAAACCAUAAAAUUAAGUUAAAUCGCUAAAAUAAUCAAAUACUCCAAACAGAAAAGGCAAAUAAAAAAAAGAAAAAUAGUUAAUGGGCGAAAAUGCAUUUUAGUUUAAUGAUGAUAGUGAUAAUGAGAAUGAUAAAAAUUCUUCAGGGACUGAUUAGCAGCAGUCUUUAAAUAUGAGAGAAUAAGCGGGAUUUAAUUUCUAAUAAUCGGAACAUAAUUUAGAGGAGUUAGUAACGCCAACAUAAGUAAAUAGUUAAGAAAUUUGA